AUGACGGACUCGACGGUUCGAAAUAUAGCGACUGUUUUUCCAAUCAGUGCUGAUGCGCUGAAACCCGAUCCAAAGUUUCAUCGGCGGCGUUCGAUUGUUCGAGAAUUUAGUUUGAAUACGUCUACUCAUGGCAUUCCUGGUAUUGCACGAACUUACUUCGGAUAUCCAACUCAAACGUCGGUGUCGUUUGUUGUUCAACGUACUCAACCAUUCCCUGCAGUUAGCUUUUGUAACUAUGCACCAAUUAGAUUCGAUAAAUUUAUUGGACCUUUUAUCAACUAUACAAAUUCUCGUAACGUAACUGAUACAAAUGACACGAGCACUAUAACGUUUACUCAGAGUGGAUAUAUUCGUGACUUUAUACAAAUAUUAUUCAAUUCAGGUCAAUCUGUUACACAGUAUCUAUUUACUUUGGAUGACAUGCUCUUAGCAUGCAUUUACAAUGGAGGAUCUUGCUCGAAAUCUGAUUUCAGCUCAUUCAUUUCACCCGUGCAUGGAUAUUGUUAUACAUUCAAUGCAAAAAGCAGGUCUGGUAAUCAGACAAUUCGACAAACUACUCAAGGCGGAAGUAGUGGCGUCUUUCAAUUGCGUCUGUAUGCACAUAGCAAUCAAUAUGUACCAUUUGUUUCUGACGAUGUCUCGGUCGGUAUCGUGAUCAUGGUUCAUGAUAAUGACCAAUUACCAUUGAUCGACAUCGAAGGCAUACAACUGGCGAGUGGUGGUCGACACAAGCUGAGCUAUAAGAAGCGCACCAACCAAUUAUUGCCAGCACCCUAUUCGGAAUGUACUGAUAAAAUCUCCCUUCCCAUGCAAGCACUAUUCGAUCGAUAUGGAGAUGCGGAUUAUAGUUAUUCGCAGACUAUAUGCUAUUCCAUAUGUACACAAACAUUCAUAUAUCACGAGUGCAAUUGUGUACAUCCGGAAAAGUUUACUACUCGAACGAUCAUGCGACCAGACCCCUGCUAUUCGGCUGCCGCCGAUCGACUUGUAAACACUGACUCCCUUUGGAAUCAGUACUGUUCCGAUUGUUCGGAAGCUUGUACAAGCUCCGACUUUACAAUUACACCAUCCUCGGCUUCUACACUGUCCAAUGAAUAUGCCUAUAUAUAUAAAUUCGCAGUAGAAAAUAUGAGUGUGCCGCUACCAGCAGAUUGGGCGACAUCAUGGAUAAAUUGGAUGCGAAAAGACUACAUAUCAGUUGAUAUUGUUACUGAAACGAAUCUCGUCGAAACCUACACACAAGAUCCUUCGAUUGGUCCUGUUGAUCUUAUUUCAAAUAUCGGAGGAAAUACAGGUCUAUGGAUCGGAAUUAGUUUUCUCUCAUUGAUGGAGUUGGUAGAAAUGUUAUAUCGUCUUCUGCGUUAUCAUUGUUAUUUUGUUAGACGACGGAUGCGAAAUAGUAAUAAUAAUAAUACUCGUUUAUAA